AUCAGUAAAGUUCCAAGAUGAACAUAAUAAACCAGGCCCUCGAUCUCGCCAGUAAUCCAAAACACGCACGAUGGCUAUCUCCUCUUCUCCUGGUGGUAGAUGCUGUCCUUUGCGGUCUAAUUAUAUGGAAGAUUCCAUAUACCGAAAUUGAUUGGACUACAUAUAUGCAGCAUAUCGAGCUCUAUUUGAAAGGCGAGCGCGACUACAGAAAAAUUGAAGGAUCGACAGGUCCGCUGGUCUAUCCCGCUGUUCAUGUUUACAUUUACCGCGCGCUCUAUGCACUCACCAAUCACGGGACCGACAUCCAACUAGCACAGAUCAUCUUCGGAUUGGUGUAUCUAGUUACUUUGGCUGUGGUUAUGGCAUGCUACCGGAUGGCUAAGGCGCCUCCAUAUAUCUUCCCGCUGCUGAUACUGUCAAAGAGACUGCAUAGUAUUUUCAUUUUACGAUGCUUCAACGAUUGCUUCGCAGUUCUUGGUCUUUUUCUUGCCAUCUUUGCCUACCAAAGGCGGUGGUGGUAUGCUGGGUCGCUCCUCUAUACCACAGCUUUGGGUGUGAAGAUGACCGUUCUACUACCUCUUCCAGCUAUCGGUAUCGUUCUUCUACAGGCUCUGGGCACAACCCCAGCUGUUACGCAAGCAUUUGUCAUGUUCCAGGGCGCUGUCGCUUACGGAUACCCUUUCUUGCACUAUCAUACCCCCUCUUACCUUGCAAGAGCCUUUGAGUUCACGAGGCAGUUCAUGUACAAAUGGACGGUCAACUGGAAAUUCGUCGACGAGGAAACGUUUCUGUCAAGACCAUUCGCUUUGUCUCUACUCGCAGCGCACGCGGGUCUUUUAGCACUAUUUGCCAUCACACGCUGGACGAAACCUUCUCAACGACCCUUCAAGGAGUUUUUGUCUCUAAUUUGGAACGAACCCAUCGACCAGAACACCAUCGGCAGGAGAGUCUCGCCCCGUUUCAUCAUGACCACUAUUCUCACCGCAAACAUUAUCGGCAUGCUGUGUGCAAGAUCCCUCCACUAUCAAUUUUAUGCCUAUAUCGCCUGGGUCACCCCGUUUCUUCUGUGGCGUGCUGGCCUGCACCCGAUCCUUCAAUAUGCUCUCUGGGGUGCACAAGAGUGGGCGUGGAAUGUGUACCCAAGCACUCCAGCGAGCUCAAUGACUGUCGUGGGAGUUCUUGCGGUGACGGUUGCGGGGGCGUGGUGGGGUACGAGGAAUGAUUUCGAGGAUAUCAUGACCAACGGUGGCACAAGGCCUCAGCAUGAGCAUGUCGAGUGAUGAUCCGGAAAUGCAAUACUGAAGGCAAUUCAAACUUCUUCGUCCAAUUUUUCCGGUGGUAGCUUGCCAACCGUCGAGUCAUCUUCGUC